UAGAAAAUCAUCUCUCAGUUCAGGUGGAGAAAAAUAAAAAAAAAAAAUCUUGUCUCAGAUCUGAAUAAACCAGGCAAUGACAAAAAUAAGCACAUACCCCUUUACAGGCAGCAUCAGCUUCACUUUUCCAGCCUCCUCAGGGUUGCUCUGACAUUGCCUUCAGAGCCUACAGAGCCAGAGCUGCCCCUGGGCAGUGCCAGACCAGGGAGGGGUCUGCAGGGCAGAGCUGAGCCCCCAGGGCUGGGCUGGGCUCUGGCAGCACUGGCAGGGCCCAGCCCUGGGCACAGGGAAGCAGCUGCUGGCAGGGACAGCUCCAGGCAGCAGAGCCCAGGGCAGGCAGUGGAGGGAAAGUGCCCCCAGGCUGUGCUGGGAUAGUUAAAGUCCUCUCAAAGGUCAGCUAUUCCAUGAUUACUUUUCUUACAGAUCCCCAUGGCCAACCCCAGCAAAUGUCCAACAGCAGCUCCAUCAGCCACUUCCUCCUGCUGGCAUUGGCAGACACGCGGCAGCUGCAGCUGCUGCACUUCUGCCUCUUGCUGGGCAUCUCCCUGGCUGCCCUCCUGGGCAACGGCCUCAUCAUCAGCGCCGUAGCCUGCGGCCACCACCUGCACACGCCCAUGUUCUUCUUCCUGCUCAACCUGGCCCUCACUGAGCUGGGCUCCAUCUGCACCACUGUCCCCAAAGCCAUGCACAAUUCCCUCUGGGACACCAGGACCAUCUCCUACACAGGAUGUGCCUCCCAAGUAUUUUUUUUUGUUUUCUGCGCUGCAACAGAAUAUUUCCUGCUGACCAUCAUGUGCUACGACCGCUACGUGUCCAUCUGCAAACCCCUGCACUACGGGACCCUCCUGGGCAGCAGAGCUUGUGCCCGCAUGGCAGCAGCUGCCUGGGCCAGUGCCUUUCUCUAUUCACUGCUGCACACGGCCAAUACAUUUUCCCUUCCCCUGGGCCAUGGCAAUGCCCUGGGACAGUUCUUCUGUGAAAUUCCCCAGAUCCUCAAGCUCUCCUGCUCCAAAUCCUUUCACAGGGAACUUGGGCUAACUGCAGGUAGUGUUUGUUUGGUAUUUGGUUGUUUUGUAUUCAUUGUUUUCUCCUAUGUGCAGAUCUUCAGGGUCGUGCUGAGGAUCCCCUCUGAGCAGGCACGGCACAAAGCCUUUUCCACCUGCCUCCCUCACCUGGCUGUGCUCUCCCUGUUCCUCACCACUGGCAUGUUUGCCUACCUGAAGCCCCCCUCCAUGUCAUCCCCAUCCCUGGAUCUGGCCCUGUCAGUUCUGUACUCAGUGGUGCCUCCAGCCCUGAGCCCCCUCAUCUACAGCCUGAGGAACCAGGAGCUCAAGGCUGCAGUGUGGAGACUGAUGACUGGAUGCUUUCAGGAACAUUGAACUGCUGACGUAUUUCUGCAAAUCACUUGUAAUAAAAGUAAUCUAUGAUAAUUCUUGUUGGUUUCAUUUUGGAGCUGAUUUUUCUUUGGUUUAUUUUUUUCAUAUUGUCUACAAAGAAAUG